CUGCGAACGUAGACAGCUGCAUGGACCUGCGUUUCUGGUGCUAAGAAGAAAGGGCUGUUACUUAUUUCACUCGCUGCAACUCAUGAUUGGCACUUACAUCAGUUGGACAUUAAAAAUGCAUUCUUGCAUGGUGACCUUCAGGAAGAAGUUUACAUCGAGCAACCUCCGGAGUUUGUUGCUCAGGGGGAGUAUGGUAAAGUUUGUCGACUUCGAAAAUCUCUUUAUGGUCUGAAAUAGAGUCCUCGUGCAUGGUUUGGGAAGUUCAGUCGGUCAAUUGAACAGUUUGGAAUGAUCAAAGGCAAAUCAGAUCACUCUCCUUUACAGACGAACGAAAACAGGGAAGUUGGGAUCAAAGCCGAGCAAUACUCCCAUGGUUCCCAAUGUGCAACUCACUCAAGAAGGCAUGUCAUUUGAAGACCCAGAAAGAUAUAGACGAUUGGUUGGAAAGCUUAAUUAUCUCGCAGUCACUCGUCCAGAUAUUGCUUACUCUGUGAGUGUAGUGAGUCAAUACAUGUCAUCACCGACCAUUGAUCAUUGGGCUGCUGUAGAACACAUAUUAUGUUACUUAAAGGGAGCACCAGGACCAGGUAUUGUUUAUCAAAACCAUGAUCACAUGAGAAUAGAAUGCUUUGCAGAUGCUGAUUGGAUUGGUUCUAAAGAUGAUCGAAGAUCUACAUCUGGCUAUUGUGUCUUUGUUGGUGGUAAUCUUGUAUCCUGGAAGAGUAAGAAUCAGAAUGUGGUUUCUCAUUCUAGUGCUGAAUCAGAAUAUCGAGCUAUGGCACAAUCCGCAUGUGAGAUAAUAUGGAUACACCAUUUAUUGAAUGAAAUUGGAUUGAAGACACCAAUGCCUGCUCAGUUGUGAUGCGAUAACCAAGCUGCUAUACACAUAGCAAACAACCCCGUAUUUCAUGAGAGAACAAAGCAUAUUGAGGUUGAUUGCCAUUUUAUUCGAGAGAAGAUACAAAAAGGAUUAAUCUCUACCGGAUAUGUGAAGACUGUAGAACAACUUGGAGAUUUAUUCAUUAAAGCUCUAAAUGGGAUUCGAGUUGAUUACUUACGUAACAAGUUGUGCAUGAUAAAUAUCUAUGCUCCAACUUGAGGGGGAGUGUGAAAGUAUUAUUGUAUCUACGAAUAUGCAUUAUGAAUAUGCUCUAGAAUAUGCUUUAGGAAUAUACUCUAGACAUUAUCAUUGUAUAGCAUCUUAUAUAGGAAUAUUCCAUCUUUGUAAUAUAUAUAUCCCCAUUAACCCUCUAAUGAAAUA